CAAGGAAGGCGGGGUACACCCUGGACAAUGAAGGCAGGGUACACCCUGGACAAUGAAGGCAGGGUACACCCUGGACAAGGAAGGCAGUGUACACCCUGGACAAGGAAGGCAGUGUACACCCUGGACAAGGAAGGCGGGGUACACCCUGGACAAUGAAGGCAGGGUACACCCUGGACAAGGAAGGCAGUGUACACCCUGGACAAGGAAGGUGGGGUACACCCCGGACAAGGAAGAUGGGGUAUCAGGGCCGGCCCGUGGCAUAGGCCAUAUAGGCAAAUGCUAAGGGCGCCGUCCAUCAGGGGGCGCCACGCCAGUGCCACAAAUGUUGGAGAAAAAAAAAAAAGAAAAAAAAAGUUGGUACUAUUAUUUCUAAAUACAAAAAAUAAUCCCACGUUAAUUAAAAUGCAAAGUAAAGCCUAUUUAAUAGAAAUAUUAUUUGCCACAGCAUUGCCCCCCCCCCCCCCCCCGCACGGUGCGCCCCCUCCCUUCCCGUAUCAUGACUCUUUUUGGACGUCACCACAUCAAAAAAAUCAACACAAGAUGUCAAAACGGCCAAAACUGUCAGGUGCCAAGGGAAGAAAAAAGAGAAAAGAAGAGGAGAAACGAGAAAAAGACAGAGGUAGCAGCACGCAGGCCAAGACCUUACCAGGGUGUGCGAGUCAAAGAUCCAGUCAAAGAGCUGCUGAGAAGGAAAAGAAUGAACACUGUGGAAAUGAUUACCUACAACACGCAGUCGUCACAUACACAAGUGUCCAGCCAUGACUGGCGGUCAUGUGACGCACACGUCAAAGGUGCACAGUGGAUGUUGUCUCUACCUGCCAGCAGGACCACAUCGGAGCCUGCCGGACCAGCCUGCUCCACACCUGCCUACUCCACACCUGCCUUCUCCACACCAGCCUGCUCCACACCUGCCUACUCCACACCACCUGCCUUCUCCACACCUGCCUUCUCCACACCAGCCUGCUCCACACCUGUCAUCUCCACACCAGCCUGCUCCACACCUGCCUGCGCCCCACCUGUCAUCUCCACACCAGCCUGCUCCACACCUGCCUGCGCCCCACCUGUCUUCUCCACACCAGCCUGCUCCACACCUACCUGCUCCACACCAGCCUGCUCCACACCAGCCUGCUCCACACCAGCCUGCGCCCCAACUGUCUUCUCCACACCAGCCUGCUCCACACCGACCUGCUCCACACCAGCCUGCUCCACACCUGCCUGCUCCACACUUGAUGACCAGCAGCAGUCCACUCAGCAUCACAUGACCUCAGCUGUUGCCAUGCCAACUGUGUGCCCCACCUGCACCAUCAUGACACCACUGCUAGCUAACUUUGGGACCUUACCUGCAUGCUCCCUUCCUCACCUGGAUCUCCCAGAACCAGGAGUGGCUUACAUCCCCUGGUCCCAAGCCCUCACACCGAGCUCAGGGGUCCAGAUUGUCCCAAGAUCUGCGAGUCAAUCAGGGUCUUCGCUGGUCCACAUGCCUUUGUCCGUGUCUCUGUCCACUUGGGUCCCUCAACAAGACGGCCAAGGUCUAUAUUAUGAGUCCCGGAACCUGGAGCCUCUGCAAUAUCCAGAACUAGUGGACCUCAAGACCCACAAUGAGGCGCUGGAAGAAGACCGAGGAGCAGAUUUGGAAGCUCCAAACCUACUCGAUACAAUUCUGGAGGAUCAGAGAAGAGAUGAUCAGUUGAAAGGCAAGAAGUCAUGCAGUACUUCAAUCUUUGUAACAAAUACUUGUGAUUUUCAGACCAAAUACUAUACAAUCUUUGGACCAAAUACUUUGUAAUCUUCAGACCAAAUACUGUACAAUCUUUGGACCAAAUACUUUGUAAUCUUCAGACCAAAUACUAUACAAUCUUUGGACCAAAUACUUUGUAAUCUUCAGACCAAAUACUGUACAAUCUUUGGACCAAAUACUUUGUAAUCUUCAGACCAAAUACUGUACAAUCUUUGGACCAAAUACUUUGUAAUCUUCAGACCAAAUACUGUACAAUCUUUGGACCAAAUACUUUGUAAUCUUCAGACCAAAUACUGUACAAUCUUUGGACCAAAUACUUUGUAAUCUUCAGACCAAAUACUGUACAAUCUUUGGACCAAAUACUUUGUAAUCUUCAGACCAAAUACUGUACAAUCUUUGGACCAAAUACUUUGUAAUCUUCAGACCAAAUACUGUACAAUCUUUGGACCAAAUACUUUGUAAUCUUCAGACCAAAUACUGUACAAUCUUUGGACCAAAUACUUUGUAAUCUUCAGACCAAAUACUGUACAAUCUUUGGACCAAAUACUUUAUAAUUGUCAAGACUUGGUCCUUGGCGUGGUUUGUUCUCCCAGAAGGCAACGGAAAAUUGGCGCGUGCCAGACGUGAUAUUAAAUACGUUUAUUAAAAUUAAUCAAAAAAGGUGCAGACAAAAAGCGCUCACAGCAGAGGUAAAAAACUUGAGUAGGAAAACAAAAGGCGCGCACAAUGGCGGAGAACUAUAAACAUUAAAGAAAAACUUACUUGACAAGGAACUGUGGACAUGGCGUGAAGAAGCGCGAUCAUAAAGGGUGCAGAGCAUAAAUGUGUGGAGAAAGUGAUGUCGCCAGGCAGACUAACAGAAAACAAUGGACUUCAAUAAUAGACAUGAUUGGUGAAAACAGGUGCGUGACUCCAAACGUGAAACAGGUGCGUGACAGGACAGGUGAAAACUAAUGAGUUGCUAUGGAAACAAACAAACAAGGAAGUGCAACCAGGAACUAAAAAGAGUCCAAAAAACAAACAACACAUGGCCAAAAACAAAAACAUGAACAGACAUGACAGUAAUCUUCGGACCAAAUACUUUAUCAGCUUUGGAAACAAUACUUUAUCUUCUUCAGACCAAAUACUUUAUCAGCUUUGGAAACAAUACUUUAUCUUCUUCAGACCAAAUACUUUAUCAGCUUUGGAAACAAUACUUUAUCUUCUUCAGACCAAAUACUUUAUCAGCUUUGGAAACAAUACUUUA